UCACUUUUCAAACCCAACCCCCUCUUCAGGUUCAUCAGUUUCUCUUCCCCCUUUUAGUUUGUUCAAAGUUAAUAGACUGAUCCUAUGCUCGAAGAGAAACAUCUCAGAAAUACCAACAAAAUGGACACAGGCACAUCAGCUCAUUUAAAAUGAAAGAACUAAUCUUUUGUCCUCAUCCUGAAGCCAUCCAAAUCUAAAAGAUGCAUUAAAGAUCCAAGAAUGACCACUCACUUGGGAAUCCUUCUUCUGGACUUAAGAUGAAAUAUGUUCUCUGUUGAAUUUAUUGGACUUCUCCACUAUGAUGAGAUUGGAUUUUCAUGAGAAAGGAGUUCAUCUGCUUCCCAUCACUUUUUCAGGCAAGGAACACUCUUAAACAUCUGAGAAGUAUCCUGAGAAUAUUUAAAGGAUAAAGAUUUUAUCAAUAUCCAUUAUCUUUGCACUUUAGGUGGUGUUUGAGGACAUUACCCCGUUCUAUGUAAAGUACUUUAAGUGACCAGAAAAUUGUUAUAUAAACGUAAUGAAUUAUUAUUAUUAUUAUUUAGUAAGGUAAGGUUGUAAAUUCUGAAUAAUCACAUUUUCAUGGAUAUAGCCACCUCCAGUAGGAAGUAUGUUCAGAUGGGACCUGGAUGACAGCCAAACAGAACAAGGGGUGGAUAAAUAAAAGUACAGCAGCAAAAGAAGGAAUAUGUUAUGUUUUUCCCAAUCUGAGAAAAGAAAAUCUACAUCUUCAUGUCCAUUGCUUCCUCUUGAAACCAUCAGUAUCUUGGUCAACUUAGAAUUUUUUUUUUUACAUGUGAUGCAACAUUGAUCGCUUUCAACAUGACUCAGGAGACAUCCUUGGAAACUAUGAGGGAGAACUAUGAAGUGACAUCACCCAGUCCACAGCUCACAACCCCUGCUGUGAUAGUAAGUGAAUUUGUGGCCAUGGGCUAUAUUCUUAGUGUUGGAUCCAUUUUGAUUAUCUCCACCAACCUUUUAGUCGCCAUUGCCCUGGUCCUGCUCAUCCGCAAGAGGGGCUGCCAGAGUUGGUGUUUUGUCUUAAACCUAUCCAUUGCGGACAUCCUAGUUGGCGUGGCAAUCACUGGCAUUGCCACUGAUGCUCUCAAAGGAACCACAGCUUCGAUGGAGAAGGACAUUUGUUUGUUGCGCAUGACCUUUAUCAUUGCACCCUCAGCAGCCUCCAUCCUAACCAUGUUCUUGAUCUCACUGGACCGCUAUGUAGCUAUAAAGUUGCCUCUGCGCUAUUUGCAGUUAAUGAAUAAUAAGAUGAUUGCUGGGGCUCUGGUUCUCAUCUGGCUCAUCUCGAUGUCUGUGGGAUUUUCACCCAGCAUUUUGAAACCAUUGCAGAAGGAAGACUACCACAAGGUCUGCACGUUCUUCUCCGUCAUAGAGCCCAAGAGCAUCAUUGUUGUCUUCUGCCUUUUUUUCUUUCCACUGCUCUCUGUCUUUAUCUAUUUUUACAUGGACAUCCUGAAAAUUGCAUGCGGCCACCAGAAGCGUAUCCAUGCCCAGCAAGCAGGUUCACGCUUUCUGACGUCUAGUCGUUACUGGGGUCACGUAAAAGCCCUGCAGACUGUCGCCAUGCUGGUUGGUUGCUUCACGCUCUUCUGGUGCCCUUUUUUUGUGGUCAGUAUUGUGCAGGCAUCAUGUCCAACCUGUAAACUCUAUCACGUUUUGGAGAAUCAUCUCUGGCUGUUGGGACUCUCAAACUCCCUUAUAAAUCCCCUUGUUUAUGCUUGCUGGCAGCAUGAGGUGAGAAACCAGCUCUGUGAGAUCUUUGUUCAUAUUAAAGUCAGGUUGUGUCUUGUGACACAUUCUGAGACAGCAGACUUUCACUCAGGCAGUAACAUCUUGUUUAAUGACAAGAUGAUAGCCACCCAGUUAAACUGCAGUAGGUCUUUAACAACUCCCGAAUAAAAUCUGUAAAAUAUUUCCAAUAGACUGGGAAUGUCUGUAGACUGUAAAAGAUCUACAAAACUGCUACAUCCCUUAAAGGUCCCAUUUUUCAUGCUUUUUUGAAGCUUUGAUUGUGUUUACAGUGUGCAAUAUAACAUGUGUUCAUGUUUCGCAUGUAAAAAAAAAAAAAAACUGUAUUUUUCACACAAUUCAAUCUGUAUACCGCUGUUUUCACUGUCAUAAAAACGGGCUGAUGACUCCCUUGUUCUGUAAAGUCCCUCCUUCAGAAAUACGUAAUGAGUUCUGAUUGUGCCAGCUGUUCCUGUGUUGUGAUUCGACACCAGCUGAGCACACGCUGCCCUCCUGGAAACGCGAUUGGGCUAGUUUUGAUUAGCAAGUGGGUAGGAUUUGUUUUGAAAACCUGUCAAACCUGAUCUGAACACUCGUGCUGGAGAUGUACUUAUAAUCACAGGAGCUGUGAUUUUCACUGAUGAGAUGCGCAUGAAAAUCGCAUUCGAUUGUUUUGCACAGCCCUAACAUCUAGUUAACAAAGCUAAACAGGGCUGCCCUUUGUGUAAUAAAUUACAGAAACCGUUAAACACACCAAGCUUUAGAAUUUUACCAAUAUUAUUUAUAAUCUAACAACAACACACUAACUAAAGUUUAAAACAUGAGAUCAAGAAGAAGGGGACCUUUAAUGGAUGUGAAGCAAAGAGCAUUUGCUAAGUCAUGUCACCUUUAUUUAUAUAGUGCUUAAAACAAAACAGAUUGUGUCAAAGGAACUGAAAAACAUUAAUUAGGAAAACAACAUCGAUAAUGCAAAAUUACAGUUAAAGACAGUUCAUCAUUGAAUUCAGUGAUGUCAUCAUACAGUUUAGUUCGUUUUAAAUAGUAUCUUUGCAAUCAUUUGCAAUCAAAUCAACGAUAUCACUGUAAAUGCAAGAGCAAGCCAGAAGCGACAGCGGCAAGGAACCAAAACUCCAUCGGUGACAGAAUGGUGAAAAAACCUUGGGAGAAACCAGGCUCAGUUGAAACAAUUAGACAUUUUACAAAUUAGAAAAACAUAUUUCAUUAGAAUAUAAAGUUUGUAUAACCACAGCAUAUUUUGUCAUCACUUUACUCUGCAUUUAAUUUUAGUCUAUGAAUAUCUAUCUAUCUAUCUAUCUAUCUAUCUAUCUAUCUAUCUAUCUAUCUAUCUAUCUAUCUAUCUAUCUAUCUAUCUAUCUAUCUAUCUAUCUAUCUAUCUCACUAGCUACAGAACAACCACCCAAUAAAGCAUUACAAUAAUCUAACUUUGAGGUCAUUAACGCAUGGGUUAACAUUUCUGCAUUUGGCAUCGAGAGUUUAGGUCAUAAUUUAAUGAGAUGGAAAAAUUCAGUUUUACAAAUGCUAGAAAUGUGGCUUUCUAAGGAAAGACUGCUAUCAAAUAGCACACCUAGGUUCCUAACUGAUGACGAAGAAUUGACAGAGCAGCCAUCAAGUUUUAGACAGCGUUCUAUGUUAUUACAUGCAGAGUUUUUAGGAGUUUUCUAUAAUUGACACCUCUGUUUUUUCAGAAUUUAGCAAUAAGUGAGUGAGUGAAGUGACAUUCAGCCAAGUAUGGUGACCCAUACUCAGAAUUCGUGCUCUGCAUUUAACCCAUCCAAAGUGCACAGGCUGCGGCACCCAGGGAGCAGUUGGGGGUUCAAUGCCUUGCUCCUACAAUUCCCAAGACUCGAACUCACAACCUUUCGAUUGGGAGUCCGAUUCUCUAACCAUUAGGCCACGACUUCCCCUUAAAUUACUCGUCAUCCAGGUUUUUAUAUAGACUAUGCAUUCUGCUAGUUUUUCAAAUUGGUAUAUUUCGCCGGGCUGCGAAGAAAUAGAGCUGAGUAUCAUCAGCAUAACAGUGAAAGCUAACACUGUGUUUCCUGAUGAUAUCUCCCAAGGGUAACAUGUAAAGUAUGAAGAGUAACAGCCCUAGUGAGCCUUGAGGUACUCCAUACUGCACUUGAUACCUCUUCAUUUACUGCUACGAAUUGAUGGCGGUCAUAUAAGUAUUAUUUAAACCAUGCUAAUGUGCUUCCAUUAAUGGCAACAAAGUUUUUUAGUCUAUGCAAAAGAAUAUUGUGGUCAAUAGUGAUGAACACAUAGCUAAGAUCCAAUAGCACUAACAGAGAGCUACAACCACGAUCAGAUGAUAAGAGCAGGUCAUUUGUAAAUCUAUAGAGCAGUCUCAGUACUACAGUCUAAAUCUUGACUGGAAAUCCUCACAGAUACCAUUUUUCUCUAAGAAGGAAUAUAAUUGUUAGGAUACUACCUUUUGUAGUAUCUUGGACAGAAAAGGGAGAUUCGAGAUCUGUCCAAAUACAAAAGACACCGAUUUAUUUGCUUUCCCUUUCCACCUGCAAUGAACACAUUAGUUUCAAAAUAUAUCCAAACCACUAAGUUCCCAUUUUUUCCAAUUGUAAAAUGACUGUAAUAAAUUAAACACUAUUUGUGUUUAUGUUUCUAGAGAGUUUCUCAUCAUCAGUGUCAUCUCGUCCACUGGGGGUUAUAACAGAGCUCAUUAAUUAAGAUUUAUAAGGCAAUAUUUUCUGUAAAAUGGUUUCCUGCAAUUUUCAUUGUGAACAGAACAAUAUAAAUAAAUUGUAACAAUUCAGUUGACAAUGUUUCUCUUCUUGUACAUCUACCAUUGUAGAUAAUCAGAAAUUGAGUGAUUAGCUUUAAAAAACUUAUUUUAGACUUAAUAUGAAGUAAAUAUAUUUACAAUAAUACUAAAUAUUUAAUAUUGACCUAAACAUUAAUAUCACACUUACAUAAAAAUGUAUAUACUGUAGCUAUUUGUAGUCCCCACAAGAGAACACUUUCCAGUACAUUCUAAUUCAAGGAAGAAACCUAUUCUGUUAAAAAAGGUAAUUCCAAAAGGAAUUGAAAGUUAUGUCUGCCACCCCUCAUGUCAUUCUAAAAGGGAAACACAACUACUUCCCUUAUUCAGUUAUUCACUUAGACACUUAUUCAGGUCAAUUAAAUAAACAUUUAAUGGCCAGUGAUGAACAACUACAACAAAAUAUCAUUACAUUAGCAGUUAAGUACUGCGUUAAAUGUUAAAACUAAAUCUCUAAAUUAUCUUACUGUAUACUACUUAUACUUCUACUACUACAAAUAAUAAUAAUAAUAAUAUACAUUUUGAACCUCACAAAGCUUAAGUUAUAUAAGAAAAAUGUUUACAUUUUAAUUUGAAUGUAUAUACAGUAUGUUAUAUGUAUCUAAAUAUUUUCAACACAAGCACAUUCAUAUACAGUAUGUGAAUUGCAUCAUUAGUCAUUAUUAAUAGUUUUAAUGUUUGUGUCAAGGUCCUGCUUUCACCUCUGUAUGAGCUGAAUUCCAAGAGUUUCAGAAUGUGACUCUGGACUAUAUAAAGCACGAAACUCACCUGCUCACUUUGAGUGUUAUCAGUGGCGCUUACAGUGUGUAUACAGUUGUUGAUAGCAUUUUAUUGUGUUGGCCAUGAGACAAUGAUUAUCUCGUAUACCAGGGGUUCUCCACUGUGGCCCUCAAGAUCCACUUUCCUGCAGAAUUAGACUCCAACCCCCAUCAAGGACUUCCUUACAAACUCAAUCAAGUUCUUCAGGAUUACUAAGUUACUGGACUGAGAGUUUGAUCAAGAUUGGAGCUAUUAUUGGAGGUUUGGCUAUUUUUCCUUUGUUGUCCCGCCCCAAAUCAACCAAGGCUCAGGAUGACCAUGUGGAGCAGAAGAAGAAAAAUCCAAUCGUAAUAUAUUUAUUUUAUAUAAAUUCAUAGACUUAAAUUAAAUGCAGUCAGAGUAAAGUGAUGAUAAAAUAUGUGGUUAAACUUUCUAUCUCUAUACCUUAUGAAAUAUGUUUGUCUAUUUUGUAAAAUGUCUAAUUGUUUCAGGUCCCCUAGUAGGCAAUGGUGAAGAUUUCGUGAUCCAUCCAGUUUUGUGGGGCUGGCAGGACUUGCUUUCACUUGGUGCCUUGGCUUGAUGCAAUAGUUUUAGCAUCUUGCGGGAAUAGUGAUUUGUAUUAUAUUUAGUUUAGUUUCAGUUAGUUAGGUUUUAGUUUAAGUGGACAUAGGUAAGUUCUGUGCCACCCAAACAGGUUUUAAAUAAUGUCACCCAAAGCUAUCUGUCAAGGCCCCUAUCACUGCCACUGGUGUCCGGAUUAGGCUACUAUUUUAAUCUAUUAGUUAAGAACGUUUAUGCCAAUAAAACUAUCAGUAUGCUUAAUGUUCAUUUGUCUUUCAUCUGUAAAAGUAAUUGCAAAAUUUUAUAAAUACACUUUUAAGUAAUACACACAAUCUGUAAUAAAGAAGAAACUGCAUAAGCAAUCUGAGUCAGUCAACUACAUAUCCCACAAUCUUUUUUAUU